AUGGCUACACGGUUUCUCAUUCUUUCCGACACCCAUGCUACCGACUAUCAUCCUCCAGAGCAGCAUGCGGAUGUUGCUCUGCACUGUGGCGAUCUUACUCAAGAGUCCAAGAUCGACGAAUUCCGGGCCACAAUAGAGCUCCUUAAGGCCAUAAAUGCUCCUUUAAAACUUAUUAUCGCUGGUAACCACGAUUUUACUCUCGACGUGCCGAUGUUCAGACAAAAAGUUGCGGAGAUACCCGGGCCAGCUGAUGCUGAACUAGUGAAAAAGAUAUACGGAGACUAUGGAGAGGCAAAGAGGCUCUUCGACGAAGCAAGGGACCAUGGCAUCAUGCUACUCGACGAAGGCUUGUACACCUUUGAUCUCGCAAAUGGGGCGUCACUGACAAUAUAUGCUAGCCCGUUUACACCCUCCGAGGGCGACUGGGGAUUCCAAUAUUCCCCCAAAGAAGGCCACAGCUUUGACUUCAAGGACGGCGUCGAUAUUGUUAUGACCCACGGGCCUCCACACGGGGUGAUGGACCGGCCCUAUUCCUCCUCGAGAGUUGGAUGCCCCGACUUAUUUAAAUCUGUCUUUCGAACAAGGCCAAAGCUACAUUGCUUUGGACACAUACAUGAAGAAUGGGGUGCGAGGCUGGUUACCUGGCGCGAGAACGACACCUCGGAGGCAUCACAUUUGACCGUCAUCGAAAACGAUCCUGACAAAUCUCCUGUGAUAACUAACUUGUCAAGAUUGGGCGGAUCAAAACAUGAUGAACCAGAAGUCAGAGAAGCCAAGCUGGAAAAACUGAAAACUUCGCAAAAGGAGGGAUGUUACUCAACCAGAUGCUUUGCGGAACCGGGAGCUCAAACUCUCUUCAUCAAUGCAUCUAUAAAGGGAGACGCGGAUCAGGACCAGUGCUUUCAUCUCCCUUGGCUAGUAGACAUCGACUUACCAAAGCCCACUUGA